AUGGCGACCACUUCAGUCUGCAGAUCACCUUCUUCUAUCGAUCUCUUCCACCGCUUACUGCUUAGAAAGAAGCCAAUGAUCAACUUGUUUGAACUGAGUGCAGGGAUGGCCAGCACGAAGGUGUUCAGUGAGAGAGCUCAUAGAGAAGGCUCUCCAGUUCGCCGAAGCCGGACAGAUAUCAAUGUAACUGGUGAUCCUGCUAAAGUUUGUGUAGAGGAUAAACUGGAGGCUAGCACUAGGAGCUCUUUAAGCAACAAAUCAGAUAAAUCGCCCAUGAAGACCCAAUUAGCAAAGGGGAUGGCCAAAGAAGUGGAAUCAAAGAGGAAUCCACCAAGUGUUGUUGCCAGAUUGAUGGGCCUUGAAGAUGAUAUACCUUCUCAAGAACAGGCACUAAAUUCUGCCAAAAGAAAUUUGAGGAGAAGCCAUUCACAUGAUAAUUUGUCAGCAACAAACAGGGCCCUGCAGCAGCAAGAGCAGCACCACUACAACAGAAAAACACGGGACAUACACAUAAGAAGCCCCAAGGAAACAGUUGAAUUUAAGGACGUGUAUGCAGUCUGUGAAGAACCAUUAAGAACACACCAUAUUCAGAAUCAAACUUCUUCAGGUGGGAGGUCUUCACGGGAUAAGAGUGACACAAGGUUAGAAGUUGUUCGGCAAAAGUUCGUAGAAGCGAAACGCCUUGCCACAGAUGAGAAUUUUCUUCACUCGAAGGAGUUUCAAGAAGCUCUCGAGGUUCUAAGUUCGAAUAAGGAUCUGUUUCUAAAAUUCCUUCAAGAACCAAGCUCUGUUAUCUCGAACCCGCUGAAUGGACAUCGCACAAUGCCAGCACCACCUCAGACAAAGCACAUUACUGUGUUGAAACCACUUAAUUAUGUUGAGAAUAAAGGGGUAAGAGAAACCAGAACACACCGAGAUAAUGAAGAAAAUGACUUUGUGAUUGGAAAGUAUCAUAAUAGAUCUCAUUCAGCAGAAGAUAACUUCUCGCACACAAAUAGGAUAGUGGUCCUGAGGCCUAGCCCUGGGAAGCCUAAUAGAACACAUGCCAGGCUAACUCCCAGGUCAGCUCCAUCUGAACAGGCUCAGCGGACUGACUUUCUUGGUGAUUUAGAAGAUUGUAUACCCACUUCAAGAUAUGAUGUAUCGGAUACUUCAGUUCAGUACCUGCCAGAGGAUCGUUAUCGGCGGGAUGAGUCUUUGCUGUCUUCUGUGUACUCAAAUGGGUAUAUUGGUGAUGAGAGCUCUUUCAGUGGGUCAGAAGGUGAUUACAUCGAUGAAGAUGGUGGUGGCCUAAGUGACUCAGAGGCAGUGUCACGAAAUUCAUGGGAUUAUAUCAAAAGAUAUAGCAGUACUUACUCAUCUUCAGCUUAUAGCAGGGCCUCUCACUCACAUUCAGCCGAGUCAUCUGUGAUCAAGGAAGCCAGAAAGAGACUUUCAGAUAGAUGGACAACGGUAGCAUGUGAUGAGGUCAUUCAAGAAGUAAAGUUGCCAAGGAGCUCAAGAACUUUGGGUGACAUGCUCUCCAUCCGAGAAGCUGAGAAAGAAGAAAUUGUUGCUGUACCAGACUCUGCUUCUAGUAGCCAUCCAUGUGGCACGGGAAAUGAGUUGGCCGUGCAAGCCACCUGCAUAUCUACAUUUAGAGAAGCUGAAAAUGGGGAGAGAUCUCCAAGAAAUUUAGCGAGAUCAAAAUCUCUCCCGGUGUCAUCAGAAGCGUUUCAUAACAUGGUGGUGCCCGCAAACUCUGAAGGCUGCAAAACAUCGAAGGUGGAUGCAGGGCCAGGUAAAGGAAAAUUAUCAUUCAAGGGAAAAGUAUCAAGUUUUUUCUUCCCGAGUAGUAAAAGGCUGGCAAAAGAGAAAACUAUCCUUCCAUCUGAUAUCUCUGAUGAGAAGGUUGAAGCCAGUUUUCUUGGUGGCACGCAAUCAGAGACUGAUCAUGGCCUUGAAUUUGACAAGCAAGUGGCAUUUUGUAAGGACAAAGCUGAUAAUUCCACCCUACAAACAAGUUGUUCUUCAAGACAGGUUGUUGCUUCCAUGGAAGAAGCUGUAUCUUCCGACGGUCCAAGUGGGUACACUGAUGAACUAAGAUCAAACGGUGGCCUAAAAUGCAUGCGUGAUGAGCCUGGUCCUACUUCAGUUCUUUAUGCACCAUCUGAAGAUAGAAACACUAAUGAACCUGAAUCAUCAAGAAGUACCAGAUCCUGCAAUGAGAGAAUUGCCUUACGGCCUCCUAUUGAGCAUGUUUUUCGCUCGUUAUCACGGGAGGAUACCAACUCAAGUUCGCCAUUACAAAGCUCCCUGAAUUUCUCCAGUGCAGAUGAUGAUGAAUCAGAACGCUAUGCGCUUGUACAGAAGAUAGUAUCAGCUGCUGGACUAGGCAAUCUGCAAGUGAGUAUGGUGUUCACAGGUUGGUAUUCGGCUAGUUCCCCUCUUGAUCCUGCACUGUGUGACAAAUUCUUGGACCGCAAGGAGGAGGCUGCCAAGUCAAGGGAGCGUAGGUCAAACCAGAAGCUUCUUUUUGACUGUGUAAACAUGGCAUUGGUCGAGACUGCUCAAGACGUGAUACGGAACACCUACCCGUGGGGCAAAGCGUGCUUCGGAGCAUGGAGGGAGACAUUGUCUCAGGAUUUAGCAGAAGAAGUGUGGAGUCAUGUGAGGGGCUGGCUUUACGGCGCGGAGUGGUUUGCGGCAAACGAGCACGCCGAUGCUGCAACGAUGCUGGAAAGAGUUGUGCAGCAGGAGGUGGAAGUGGGAGGUUGGGUGAAAUCAGAGAGAUCGGAAACCGAUGAGAUCACGAAGCAGAUCACAGUUCGUCUGUUGGAAGAACUCGUCGGAGAAGCGGUGGCCGAACUCGCAGCCUUGUUUCCACUGCAAGGUAUCCCAGUGCCAAUGCCAAAUCUGUAGGAAGCAAUUGCUCUGUAUAUUAUGUCCUUAUCAUAUGAGAAAUUGAUAACUGCGAGUAUUAAAAU